AAACGUUAUAUUUUCUACCGGUUUAUUGUCUUUAUUUUGUAAAAAAAUGAGUUCACAGCUUGCAAAACCUAUUUCUCAUAACUCGCUUUCAAAUAAAAAUGAACAGACGUUGGUAAAUAACCAGGAUAUGAGUGCACUUUUUGUCCAAAUUCAAAAAGGAAAAGUACUUAAAAAGACGAUAACAAAUGAUAGAAGUGCACCUAUAAUAAAAAAGGUUGUUUCAUAUGAAAUAUCAAAUAGAGUUUCAUCAGCGACGUCAAAAUCACCUAAAUCAUCAUCCAAUCAUUCAGAACCUCCGUCUUUUAUUCAAAAGCUUCCGGAGUUAAUUCAGGAUAAUUCUCUAAAAUUAAAGCACCGGGAAGGAGGAGUGAAUACAGGAGCUAUACAUAAUGAAAAUACAGCUAAUUCGAAGAACAUACUACCUCUUCCUAAGACGGAACCUAAUUCUAUUCAACCGUCUUUAUCGAGAAACAAUACUACUUUCUCUAGAUCUGUAUCUGAUUCACAGAAAACAGCAUAUAAGAAAACAUCAUCAACUGUUUUGACUCGGCCUGUUUGCGCUCCACCGCCUAUUCCAAGGACUAUAUCUAUGUCGGGGACAAGAAAGACCGAUAUUCAGAGCUCUUCGAUAGUACUACCACCUCCACCACCACCACCUCCACCGCCACCUCCACCGCCAGCACGCAAUGUUUCAUUACCAAUUCCACAAAGUGCACCUCCUCCACCACCAAUUCCAUCAUCUGUUAGUACAAGCAAAACAAAUAUGAGGCCACCACCACCGCCACCUCCUCCACCACACCAUUCAUCACUAUCAAUGGCACAAAAUACCACGAAAGAAGCAUCUAUUCAUCGAUCAUCUUCAGUAUUAUCUUCCCAGGGCUCUCUUUCAAGACAAAAUAAGCCUUAUGUCUCUUUGGAUUUUAAUAAACUUUAUACAGGACCUGGUAUUAAGCCAAGUAAUAUAAACAUUACGAUUGAUGAUUCUCGUUGGAGAUUUAAAAAUGAAGAUGAAUUUCCAGCACCACGUACUUUUUCUGGAGAACAAAAAAUAUUUAAAAGUGGAAGACAAGGUGGAAGUACAGUACCUCUAAACCUAGAUUGAUUUAAACAUAUUCAUUUAUUUCUUAUUUUCCUUCAAACUUUAAAAU